AUGCCCGCAGCCCCCAAAGUCACACAAGCUGACCGGCCAUCUCCAGUGUCUUACGCCGACGUAGCUGCCAGCGGCCCCAAGCAGUCCCCCGAGGAGGCUGCCGCCCCCCAACCCCCCGAGGUCGUCACCACCGAGUCCGCCUCGACAGCCUCCCUCAUCGAUGUCGACGUCCCCAGCGUGCGCACCGUGCCCUCCGACUUCCUCGAGCAGGAUGUCCAGACGGAGACGCAAGCCCAGCGCCUGGAGCGCGACCACGAAGCCGCCAGGGUCAAGGCCGAGCGCGCCAAGAAGAGCGCCGGCAACAAGGCACGCGACGCCGACUCGUGGCUCGUCAAGCAGUUCUCGAGCCUGUCCGACGGCAGCGCCGGCGCCCUGGCCAUCACCAACGUCGCUGCCAUUGUCGGCGUCAGCUCCUACCUAGGCUAUCGUGCCUGGGGCCUGUACGAGGGGGGCAACUUGACCUGGAAGAAUGCCGGCGUGGGCAUUGGAAUCCUGGCCGGCGUGGGCGCCAUUGAGGCUGUUGUCGGCCGGUAUCUGUACAAGGGCAACAGGGACCGCUCGUCCUGA